AUGCGAGAGAUUAACGAAGACGAGGCUAGAGACGAGGCUAGAGACGAGGCUAGAGACGAGGUCGAAGACGAUGUUUCCGACAGGAAGUCGCCGAACAGAGAACGUCGGGUGCAGGCUACGGAUCCGGAUUGCGGCGUGAACGCCAUGGUGAAUUACACGUUAGCCGCGGGAAGAAUGGAAAGCGAACAGCUGAUGGUACGCAGCGAUACCGGAGACAUUUGCGUCAGAACACCGUUGGACAGGGAAACCGCACCCUAUCUGGAGAUUCCUGUCAUCGCUACCGACAGAGGGGGCCUGAGUACAGUGGCCAUCGUGAGGGUGCAGGUGACGGAUGUGAACGAUAACCGACCGAUCUUCGAGCCGAGAAAGUACAACGUCACGUUGAAGAGCGACGGCCCGAUCCAGGGCCCGAUCCUCAGGCUGGUAGCCACGGAUUUGGACGCCGGGCUUUUCGGACAAGUGGCUUAUCGAAUCACGAACGGGAACGAGGCCGGUGUUUUCCACAUCGAUCGCAACACCGGCGAACUACAGAUCGCGUGGCCGAGUCUGUUGUCCAGGUCGCCGUUGCACCAGUUGAACGUAACGGCGACGGACGCGGCCGGUCUGAAGAGCAGCUUCGACGCCGAGGUCCGGAUCACCACGUCGUCGCCGGGGCACAGAGUCGCGAGCUGCGACAAGCCGCGUUACACCAUCACCGUGAAGGAGACCGUGCCGCAGAACAGCAUCGUCGGUGGCGUAAAGGACGGUGGUUCGUCUUCCUCGUCGUCAGGUGAACGGCCAACCAGAUUUUAUUUGGCGAAGGAAGAACCGGAUCUAACGAUGGAUUCCAACACGGGCAUGAUUCGAAUUCGCCUUCCAUUGGAUCGAGAAACCAGGGACAAGUACAUCCUCAGUGUCGAGGCACGCAAUGGAAUCUCCGUGGGCUACUGUCAGGUGGAGUUGAACGUGGAGGACGUGAACGACAACCCGCCGACCUUUCCGACCACGAGCGUCCGCAUUUCCGUCCCGGAAUCGCAUCCCCUUCACACGGCGCUUUACGUGGCACACGCGACCGAUCCGGACAUCGUGCCCUCGCACCCGAUACGCUAUGUCCUUGGCCAGAACAGCAACGACCUGUUCGGAAUAGACGCCCGUUCCGGAGAGCUCUAUUUAGCGAGGAGAUUGGAUUACGAGACUCAGCAACGGCACGGUCUUCUGAUAAGAGCGCUGGACGGUGCCGGCCUCUCCGCGAACCUCAGCCUGAGCGUCGAGGUGCAGGACGUGAAUGACAACCCCCCAGUGUUCGAGAGGAACGAGUAUCACGUGGAGGUUCCCGAAGGCGCCAAGCUCGAUUCUCAAAUUCUUCAGGUGACCGCGGUGGACCUUGAUACGGGCAAUAACGCGAGGUUGAGUUACCGUCUCCAAGGAUCCACGGCCUUCCGGAUCAGUCCGAACACCGGCUGGAUUUAUCUCGCGCAGAUCCUCGAUCGCGAGACCCUGGAUCGGCACGCGCUGACGGUUCUCGCGACCGACAACGGUUCUCCGGCCGCGACCGCCUGUGCUUCCGUGCUGGUCACGGUGCUCGACGACAACGACAACGACCCCCGCUUCGAGAAGGACUUUUACGGAUUCGAGCUGCUGGAGAACCUGCCCUCGGGUACGCUGGUCGGAUCCGUGAGCGCCUCCGAUCCCGAUCUCGGCAAGAACGCCCUGCUCAGGUACGCGGUGGUCCAGGCCAACAGCAGUUUCACCGUCGACCCUGAUACAGGUGAAAUCACGACGAGAGAGCCGCUCGAUCGGGAAACGAAGGGUGUGCACGAGCUGGUUCUCGAGGCUAGAGACCAAGGAACCCCGUCCAGGGCGGCCAGGGUACCGUUGAAGGUGAUGGUACUGGACGUGAACGACAACUCGCCCGAAAUCGUGGAUCCGCAGGGAGACGUUGUGAGCGUGAGGGAGGAACAACCCCCGGGGACGGAAGUAGCGAGGGUCAGGGCGUUGGACACCGACCUCGGCGAAAAUGCGUCCGUAACCUAUACGAUUCUGAAAGACCGAGACUCGGAUGGUUACAACGUUUUCACCAUUGACCCGAUCACCGGCAUGAUCAGAACGAAGGCGGUUCUCGAUCACGAGGAACGAAACGUGUACCGGGUGUCCGUAAAGGCGACGGAUGCAGGCCGACCACCCCGGCACAGCAUACGCGCGUUAAGAGUCGAGGUUUUAGCGCUCGCGGAUAACCGGCCGACCUUCACCAGCAGCAGCCUUACCUUUAACGUACGCGAGGACGCCAGCAUCGGACAAGCGGUGGGCUCGGUGUCGGGGGCGGGCCCCGCGGGUCGCGUGGCCUUCACCUUGGAUUCCCUGACGCCCAUCAGCGAGUUUCCAGCGUUUGACGUGGAUCGUAGCUCCGGCCAGCUGGUGGUCGCCCAUUCCCUCGACCGCGAGAACGUCAGCGAAUACCAUCUAGAGAUUCGCGCGUUGGACACCACGUCGAUCGGCAACCCUCAAAGCAUCGCCGUCUCCGUGAAGAUCGUGAUCGAGGACGCGAACGACAAUCCGCCCCGAUGGCCGCAGGAUCCGAUAACGGUGCGCGUCUCGGAGAGGGCGGUGAUCGGUUCCACCAUUUACAAUUUGACGGCCAUCGAUCUCGACAGCGGUUUAAACGGCGACCUUCGAUACGGUCUGGUGGCCGAAUUUCCAUCCAGAGGCAGUUUCGCGGUCGACUCGUUGACCGGCGCUCUCACCUUGGCCAGGCCGCUCGACAGGGAGGAACGAGCCGAGUACACGUUGAUCCUCAAGGCGUCCGACCGUGCUCCACCCGGCGAACAAUUAGCCUCGACCGUGACCGCCAGGAUCAUCGUGUUGGACCAGAACGACAACGACCCGGUUUUCGUUGCUCCGGAAUCGACCAAAGUCGCCAUCACGCCGGAUCUCUUGCCAGGGGCGACGCUCGUGAGAGUGGUCGCCGUGGAUAAAGACGCAGGUGACAAUGGCCGUGUAUCGUACGUGAUUACAUCGGCGAACGAGGAGGCGAGAUUCUCGGUGGGUUACGAGUCCGGUAUAGUGAGCCUGGAGAGGCCGAUGGUGAGGUCGACCGAGCUCGAGAUUACGGCGAACGAUCACGGUUCCCCACCGCGCAAGUCCACUCUCAAGCUGAUUCUGACGUUGGCUUCUGGACAGACCAACGGACCUCCUCGGCUACUGCUGGCCAACCCUGUAGCUAGAAUUUCAGAGGACCUCCAGGUUGGAGCGCCGGUUCUAAACGUCGCCGGUCCUAUCAUCGCCGAUCAGGGUAACGUCAGCUUCAGCAUCCCGAGCAACUUGGCCUCGGACAAGUUCUCCGUUACGCCGAACGGUCUGGUCACUCUGCGCGGCCCGCUGAAUCGCGAGGAAGCCUCCCGCUACUCCGUGCCGAUUCUAGCCAGGUCCAGCAAGCUGUUGGACAUUAGCACGCUCGAGGUUGUAGUCAUGGACGAAAACGACAACAGCCCCGAAUUUCGACCGGGUUCGUGCUACACGCUCGCCGUUCCCGAGAAUCAGGGAACCUCGGUGAUUCACACGGUCGCCGCGGCUGAUCUCGACGAGGGAAAGAACGGGGAAAUUUAUUACAGCAUCGUUGGUGGCAACAUCGGCGCAAAGUUCGCCCUGGACCCGGUGACCGGAAUGCUGUCCAUGUCGAAUCUGGAUCGGGAAGCGGUGACCAAGUACAUCCUGACGAUUUCAGCCAAGGACAAGGGUCGACCCAGCUUGGAGGCACGAUGCAACUUGACCGUGAUCGUGCUGGACGUGAACGACAAUGCUCCCACGUUCGUUCAAAAUCAGUACACCGAGUCGAGGCCACGAGGUCCCGUCCCGAGCUCGGAGUAUCCCGGAUUCUCCCUGUCCAAUGGCUUCUCCUACGGAUCCUCCAAUUAUCCGACGAAUUAUAAUCCCAGCAAGUACGUGGCGACCGUUUCCGAGGACGUGGCGCCGGAUUCUAACGUGAUGUCCGUGAGAGCGACGGACCCCGACCAGGGGGUGAACGGAAAGAUCACAUACACCAUCGGCGAGGAGACGAGCUGGCUGUUCAGGGUUGACAACCUAACGGGCGUCGUUACAACCGCCGGCCCCUUGGACCGCGAACGCCAGAGCCUGUACACGUUCGUCGUGGUGGCCACGGACAGCGGCAAGUACGACGCCAAGACCACCACGAUCCCCGUCGAGAUUCGAGUGAGCGACGUGAACGACAACGCCCCCGUCUUCGAGGAGUACCCUUUCCGUGCUCGCGUGUCGAUCGGUACUCAACCGGAGAAGAACAUCCUGCGAGUAGUGGCGACCGACGUCGACGAGGGUCUAAACGGCGAGAUCGUCUACUCGUUCCUGCACGAUCAAGAGAAGCCCAAGUUCAGGAUACACCCGAGCACCGGCGCCGUCACCGCGGCGUUGUCCCUGUCGCAGGACAACGGCAAGACCUAUCACCUGGAGGUGUUGGCCAGGGACAAGGGAAAUCCGCCGAAAAGCGCUCGGGGGUUGAUCGAGCUGCAAGUGGGAGACCUGGCCGAUUUGGCGCCCGUGUUGAAGUUUCAGAACGAGUCGUACGAGGUCGUGAUUCAGGAGAAUUCCGCGGCUGGCACCGAAGUGAUCCAGGUCUCGGCAGUCAGGUCGGACGGUAGGCGACAACACGUAGCUUAUUCCCUGGGAUCGGGCAACGACUUCGGCACGUUCGCCAUCGACGAGGAUACCGGCCUGCUGCGCGUCAACGAUCCGUCGAGGCUGGACGCGGAACUGUGGACGGACAUGCGGGUGAAACCGACGGAGGAACAGACGGAGGAUGGUCGAACGAAUUCGUGGGGCAGGUCGUUGGAGGGGCAGCAGUCGAAGGAGAAACCCAGGGACAGCUCGAAGCACGUGCUGACCGUGGCUGCCAGGACCAGUGGACCGGAUCCGUUGGAGGCUUACGCGAGGGUCGUGGUGAAGGUGUCGGACGUGAACGAUAAUCCGCCGAUCUUCACUCAGACGCAGUACUCGGCGACGGUGCUGGAGGGUAACGUGAAGGGUGACUUUGUCGUGAAGCUUUCGGCCAGCGACGCGGAUCAAGGGACGAACAGCAGGAUCCUGUAUCACAUCGUGGACGGGAACCCGGACAACGCGUUCACCAUCAGCCCGCCGUACAGCGGUAUCGUUCGCACGAACAUAGUUCUCGAUCGAGAGAUUCGGGAGAAGUACAGGUUGACGAUAAUUGCGACGGAUCAAGGGAAUCCUCAGUUGACCGGGACGGCUGCCCUGAGCGUCCGAGUGAUCGAUAUCAACGACAAUCAACCGACCUUCCCGGAGCACAGCAUCAUCUCGGUUUCCGAAGGUACCGCGGUUGGCACCGUGCUCACCACCAUCACGGCCAACGACGUGGACAGUUCACCGGCUCUCACCUAUCGAUUCGGCAACGUGACCAGUCCGGGUCCGUUCAGCAUCGAUAGAUACGGAGGCAAGGUCGUGCUGCGACGGCGUCUGGACGCCGAAACGCGGUCAGAGUACAGCCUACAGGUGAUCGCUAGCGACGGCAUCCACGAGGCGACCACGGACCUGAUAGUCCGCGUCACGGAUCUCAACGACAACGCUCCGCGGUUCCAGCAAUCCGCUUACAUCGCCACGCUGCCCGAGGGACGAGGGGACUUGCAAGAAAUUCUGACGGUGAACGCGACCGACGACGACCUCACGGAGGACAACAGUCGAGUGCGAUAUUAUCUGCUGAAAGCUACCAAAGGUUUCUCGGUGCAUCCUGUAACCGGUGUUCUGACGGUUAAUCGUACCGCGAUACCGAGACCCUUGCCCAAAGAGGUGGAGUUGGCCAUUGUAGCGGAAGAUUAUGGCAAACCACCGGCGUCGUCCAUAUGCUCCGUCGUCGUACGAUUGAGCAGCUUGAAGAGCACCUUACCCGGCAAAGAGUACAAGAUCACCGUAAAGGAAAACACGUUGAAGGGCACCACUCUGAUGAGAUUAUCCGACGUAGACCUGUUGGACGGCGCUAUCGUAGCUGGCGAUGACAGUGGAACGUUCGAAAUAUCCAGAGGCAAAUUGAUUCUCUCCAAGCCGUUCGAUAGAGAAACGAAGGACAAGUACGUUUUACGACUAGGCUCUAAGAACGAAAACAUGACAACCGGUUCGCUGGUAGGAGACGAACCCGUUACGGUGAUCAUUACGGUGGAAGACGUAAACGACAAUUACCCUCGUUUCUUGGAAGAUCUUCAUCAGGUAUCGAUCAAAGAGAACGCGGCUCGCGGUACCACGGUGGCCACGUUACGAGCGAAAGACGACGAUCUGAUUGGUAGCGCGGCCGCAAAUUUGAUAUACGAGAUCACUUCCGGCAACGACGGUGGCCUCUUCCGCGUGGACAAGGCUACCGGCGCGGUGCUGGUGAACGCGACCUUGGACUGCGACCUCGAGCCAGAUAUUCACAAUCUCGUUGUGAUGGCGUGCGACAGCGACCCGGUCACGCCUCUGUGCGCGUUGACGCGGCUUCGUAUUCACCUGGAGGACGUGAACGACAACUCGCCGAAAUUCCCGGUCUCGGAAUACCUCGAGUUCGUGGGAGAGAACGAACCGAUCGGUACCACCGUCUUCUCCGCGCGCGCCUCGGACUUGGAUCGCGGUAUCUUCGGAUCGUUGAACUACUCCAUCGUGUCCGCAGCGGCAACCGGGUUCUCCGACAUCGACGACAGCUGGAAGUUGUUCGCCGUGGACGGGAAAUCGGGCACGGUGACGACCCGCGCCGUUUUCGACUACGAGCUGCGGAACAGAUACGCGUUUACAUUGCGAGCAACCGACACGGGUGGUCGCACGGCUGCUGUCAGAGUCAGAGUGGAGAUCGAAUCGAGGGACGAAUUUUAUCCGCAGUUCACCGAAAGGAUGUACAGAUUCGGCAUCAGAAGCGGAGCUCAGGUGCUUCUCGGCACGGUGAUCGGUCACGUGACCGCGACAGAUCGAGACAAAGGACCGGACGGACGGGUGGUUUAUCAGUUGACCUCUCAACAUCCCUAUUUCAAGUUGAAUCGCACCACGGGUGCGCUGAUCGUGAAACAGAAGCUUGCGCACAUCGACAUGGACGUGGAGGAGUCGUCGAGAUUGGUUGUGAGCGCUAGUUCCGGUAGACAGGGCUCAUUGUCGAACAUGACGGUAGUGGAGAUCACGCUGACCGACGACAGCGACGCGAACGAAGCCAGAGGCGCCACAGCUUUAGCCACGCCGACCGACGUUGGUUCCAACAUGGCCGUCGCUGCGACUGGCGGCCUGGCCGAUUGGGCGCUGGGCUUGCUGAUCGCUUUGCUUCUCCUGGUCGUCGCGUUCGGGGCCAUCUUCCUGUACCUUCAUCUUCGAAAUCGAAGGCACAAGAAACCCGGUACGAAACCGGGUUUGAACGGUGAGAGCAAUGCGACUGCGUCCAACAGCUACGUGGAUCCGAGUGCCUUCGACACCAUUCCGAUCAGAAGCGUCGCCGGGGUUGGAACAGCGGGGAACGGAGGUUCCGGAAACGGAAACGGCGGUGGCGGCGCAGCCUCCUGCCAAUUCGCGCCGCCAAAGUACGACGAGAUACCGCCGUACGGCACGUCCGGUCAAUCCGGCCAGCAACAGGCCACUUCCGAACUGUCCGGCAGCGAUCAGUCCGGAUCUUCCGGUAGGGGUUCCGCGGAAGACGACGGAGAGGACGAAGAGAUUCGAAUGAUCAACGAAGGUCAGCAGACCGGAGACUCUGCCAGCGAUCUGUCGGUUCACAAUACUCAGGAAUAUCUAGCCAGGCUGGGUAUCGUCGAUCCACCAGCCGGUACCCCGAGAAGACCGCCCGAAGCUCUGCCUCUCGACAGCUUGCACUUGUUCGAGGACGAGGCUGCGACCGAAGCGGACAUCGCUACCCUGAUUUACGGGAAAAUCGGGGAACCCGGGAGGCCGAUGUCGGGUCUGGAAGUUCCUGGAGGCCCUUCCAUGAACGGGUCCUUGAGUUCCAUCGUGCACAGCGAGGAGGAGCUCACGGGAUCGUACAAUUGGGACUAUCUGCUCGAUUGGGGUCCUCAUUAUCAACCACUUGCUCACGUAUUUAGCGAGAUCGCCAGGCUGAAAGACGACGCUGCCAGUGUUCAAAGCGGAAACUCGGGGAGCAGUGGCAAGACCAAGUCUGUACAUAAAGCUCCGCCCCCACCAUUGCUCACUUCCGUUGCUCCUAGAUCAUUGGCGGCACCCGCGUUGGCCAGAGGCAUCCUUCCGAGAUCUCCGAUCAGUCACGACGCUUCCACCUUCCCAUCGGCGGCCCUUAGUCCGAGCUUCUCCCCGUCCUUGUCUCCUCUCGCCACCAGAAGUCCUAGUAUCAGUCCUUUGGUGCCACCGGCCACCCAAAGGUCCAGUCAAAGUGCCAAUAGAGGUAUUCCGGUCACCGACGCCGAGUUGAGGAUCUAAGGAUACCUCGAAAUCGUCGACAACGUUGCGUCAGGUAUUUAGUAUUAGUCCCGCGAUCCUUUGACAAUCGGUGUCGUGUGUAUAUUCGAUGACGUUGAUCGACAAAUGGCGAGCGACGUUUUAGACAACGUAUUAAUCAAAGUUCAUCGCGUGGAGGGUGUUUAGCGUAGACUCGAUUCCGUGUGAUUCCAGUGUGCAGUGUGUAUAAAAUAGAGACUCUAAGUUGACUGACCUUCGACGGGAUUCUCGAAGGUGCCAAGGUGCAAAUUUCUUUUCUUUUUUUCUCCCCUCACCCCCCACCCCCUCCCAAUAUCCCUCGUGAUAAGCGA